UAUCUCCUCCUCCCCUCCCCAAGUGCGUCACUAGCAAGUCAAGUCCCCACCACCUCGGCUCCUCCACCGCCAUGGACUCAACCGCCGCCGCCGCCGCCGCCGCCACUACUACUCAACAUCACCUCCAGACUUACUGGUGUCACGAAUGCGACAUGAGCGUCUUCCUCCUCUGCCCGCCCACUCCUUCCCCCGCGCGUUGCCCUCACUGCACCUCCGACUUCCUCGAGCAAAUGGACUCCUUUGCCCCUCCUCCUCCGCAACAACACAGCCUCGGUACCACUAGCCCUAGCUUAGCUCCCAUGUUCGUGGACCCUACUACAACCCUCCUCCCCUCCGACGAGAACUUCCUCCUCGACAGCCCUUAUCUCCACCGCCUCAUCCACCAUCUAACCACCACCAACGACGUCUUCACCACCGCCAAUCGCCCCCACAACCCUACCUCCAACUCCGCUAUACAAUCGCUACAUGACUUACGAAUUGACUCUUCAAUUCUGGACAAGGAUCCGGUUAUACCCUGUCCGAUUUGCAAGGACUUGUUCGUUUUAAACCUAGAAGUGAAAAUGUUGCCCUGUAAGCAUAUGUACCAUUCCGAUUGCAUUUUGCCGUGGUUAGAGAUGAAUAACUCGUGUCCGGUUUGUCGGUUCCGGCUUCCUCCGCGGGAGGAUGAGGACUCCGAGGUCGAGGCUUUGCCGAGAGGGGACAAUUUCGUAGGAGCGAUGAGACUCGAGGAAUUGAUGGAUGACGAUGGGGAGCUUUUUGGUUUUCAAAGUACUAUCAGACGUAUUGCUAGGAGUGAGGUUGAAUCCCUUAUACAAUUUGGACGAAGGCAUCAGACUGUAAUGGAAAGCGAUGGCAGUCAUGGCAAUAGUGAAGUGUUUUUGCUUUCUCCUACACAAAUUGGGGAAGCUGGUCUUGGAGUUGGGGUUGCUCGGAGGGCUACCAGUGUGGAGACUGUUUCGAGUUUGCCAUGCUGCCCGGGGGAUAGUGCCUGUGAAGGUGAAGUUGGUGUUAGCAGCAGUAGGUUGGGUGAAGGAGAUGCUGCCGUGAGGUCUUGAAUUGAAGUUGGCCAGAAGAUCCCUUUCAUUCUCAAGAGAAAUAAGAUGGAGUAUUGCUGCGAUUAGGACUUGUUAGAAGGAAUAAAGUUCAACCUGCGCAUCUGACGAAUUGUAGAUCUAGCAUGGAUGUUUCAUGUUUGUAAAAAUUUCCGAAGCAUAAACAUUAAAAUCCAUUCCCCGUCCCCCCUUCUUCCCAAACCCCCUACCCUUGCCUUUGCUUCUGAUCUGCAUGUGAAGGCUGGUUUGUGAGUUUCUUUAGGCUGUAAGUGACUUGUAUAAUCGUCUUUGUCCUGACGAAUUUGGUUAUAAUUGCUAAUAAAUGAACGCUUUCUAUAUCUU